UUUGUCUGGAGGUGGAUGGUGGCACUGUGUGUGUUCACUGAAAUCGUCGCCGCCCAACACAAUGUUGCCUCGGGAAACGAGAGGAACGUCGCUCGAGAAGCAGGGUGCACCUGCAGUAGCAGCCAUCCUCUGGAAGGCAGAACUUGCGACCUGGUUAAAAAUGGAGACAGAGACAGCAGUAAUUAUAAUGUCAAAAGAAACUGCUUCUCUAGUCUAGAAGGGGAAAGAGGUUCUUUGAGGUUUAUUCUGAAACACAAAUAUUUCAUUCACAGAUUGGUCUUCUACGCACGUGAGGAUAGGUUAGACAGAAUGGAUUGUUUACAAGUCUACUUCGAUGACAAAGUCAUCCAUACAUUCCCCAAGAACAAUAAGGAACGCAUCCUCUACCUGAAUAGAUCAGAAAGCGAGAGUCGAGAGGUAAAAAAUGCUAGCUUCUCGAGAACAUGCAAAACCGGCAUGGAUGUUGCGCCGGUGUUAAACUUCUGCGAGUUGGAGAUUUACACGUGCGCUCUAAGGAAGUGGGGUCGAAAAUGUGAUCAACCGUGUCAUCACAGGUGCUUAACGUGCAAAGGCGAUAGUAACACUUGCCUAGAUUGCUCAAAGGAUUAUUGGGGUCCGAACUGUAUGAUUCGGUGUAGUAAGACAUGUAAUAGAACAGAAGAGGAAGGCUACUGCAAUGAAUUCACUGGUAGAUGUGAGAAAGGUUGCCGUCGGGGGUACUGGGGACACAACUGCACUAACGCCUGUGGACAAGGAUGUGGAAACACGUGCAACCCCCGCGAUGGGAAGUGUGGUUGUCGUCACGGCUGGAAACCUCCAAUGUGUGAAGUGCCAUUAUGCACUUGUGGAGGAGCAGAAUGUGCCGCAGACAACAAAUACGUGUUCUCCGAGAUUCCCCGUAAAAUAAACGUCGCAGUUGGUAAAAACUCUACUGCAAGUACAACUCUAGAUGAUCCUAAACCUGUUUCUGGUCCGGCUUGUCUUGCUAAUAAUGGCAAGACACAGUCAACCAUGUUACCCAUAUCUGCAAGUGCUCCCGAAUGCAUGUCCACUGCUGAAGGUGAUCUUAAACCUUUCUGGGAAGUCGACCUGGGGGAGAAGUAUGUAGUUGCUGGAAUCCUAAUUGAUUGGGACAAUCAGAUGAAAGCUAGAUAUGGAAUCAAAGUGCUUCUGGAUGGUAGACAGAUUUACUAUUCCGACCAAACAAUGGAGGACCCAUUUGAUUUGGCUGCAAGUGAUCUCGGUCAAGUUGUGAGGCUGCAGCGAGAAACGUUUAGGGACAACAAACAGUGGGACGAUCCGCUAAUAAGGAUUUGCGAAGUUGAAGUUUACACCUGUCGGCCAGGAUAUUACGGCCCUGACUGUCUAGGAAUCUGCGACAGGCCAGUCUGUGAUAAUUUACAGAUUUGCAGUCGCAUUGACGGGUCAUGCCCAAAGGACCCCCCAGUUGAAGUUAAAGAACUGACUGUUCGAAACUGAUCAUUGUGGCGGGCUACUUUAUCCACGUUCUCGUCGUCGCACUCUUCAUCUUUGCUGCAAAGGUUCUUCCGAAAAAGAAGAGGUCUGGCACUAAACCAGACGAACCUAAAAGGGUUAAUGAAAGUAAAGAAGAUAAAGGUGAACUAAGUAAUAAAGAUGAUGAAGCGGAAACUGAGGAAGGAGAAUCUGUCGAAGAAGAUGAAUCUCAGAUGUAGAAGCGAUGGUACCAUUCCGUUAAGUCCGUUGAGAAGACGUUUUGCUGGUAACAAGCUAGAACCUAGUUGCAGACUUGUCCAAGUCUCUCGCAAUAGCCGCUGCUUAGCAACGUGUUUCACUUGAUUUCCUGUUUGAUAUUGUGCUCAUAUACGUGACAUAUUUUUAUUGUUAUGUUAUUCACUCUUUGAUGAAUUAAAAAAGGUUUUCACUUUAAGUUUUUCUAAAGUAUCCAGUUAAAGUUUAUCAUUACACCAUUUGCGUCCAUUCAGGCUGUGUUACUUUAUUCACUCUUUGUUAAAUUUAAACAUGUUGCCCGUUCUAAGUUUGUCUAAAGCAUGCUAGCAGAAAUAUUUGUAGAUCCCUAGAAACGCUCAGAGCAAACGCAGUAUUAACCAUCUUUAAGUAAAAGACAGGGAGAAAGCCCGAGAGAAGAGCCGCGGGUAAAUAAAAGAAAGACACUGCUCUGAAUGAAAAAAAAUGUUGCUUUGCAUUUGUGAUUAUAAGAUUUUUGUUAACUAGCUGAUUUAUGGAAUUAAUUUAUAGUUUUAAAAGUUUUGUAACUUAAGUGCUGUCAAACGAUUGUAUACAUUGAAAUAAGUUUGUCUUCCUUGUAACAUUUGUAAGAGCUUGGCUUUGCCUCACAAAUGUUGACACUGUGACUUUUUUAAUUGAAUGUCUGCUUUUUCUCCUUUUGACUCCUUCAAAAAGGGUGACCAACACAUGGAUAGAUGACUAAUUUAUUGUUGUUUUGCAUUUGUGAUUAUAAACGUUUUGAAAUAGUUUGGUUAUUGAAUUGACAUCUUUAAAGAUUUUGUGAUUGAAAUGCUGUCAAAAGGUUGUAUACGUUGAAAUAAAUUUGCUUUUAUUGUAA